AUGGCAAUACACACCAGAAGUGAUACAGAGGUGAUGCGACAGAACCAAAGAACUUUUAAGUCCAGCCAUGAUGCACUGCUGGCAAAGGUGGACGAGCUCAACGCACAACUCAAAGUGGAGCAUCUCAAGAGCUUCAGUCUGGAGAAUAAGCUGAAAGCCACUUCAUUUGCACAGAGAUGGGCUGAAGAGCUUCAAGACCGGAUCAGUUACCUGGAGAAAGAGAAGGCUCUGCUAAAGGAAAGUUAUGAUAAACUUUUUAACAGUGCCUUCGAUGUGACCCACGAACAACUAUGGAAGCUGAAAGAACAGCAGCUAAAACUGCAGAUCACCCAGCUAGAGGUGGCACUCAAGCCAGAUCUCAUAGACAAAAAUGACAUCAUGGACAGAAUCAAACUUGAAAGAGGUGUGGGAGGAGAUGUUCACAUGUAUGGAGUUCUGGAAUACUGUAUGAAACUACGGGUGCACAUGGACCAGGCUGUCCGCUUAUACAAAGAGCAGACAAAGGCUCUCGGCUAUCUGAAUUCAGGCAAGGUCCAGGAGGCGCUCAGCACUACCGCCAUGGCUGAAGGCAGUCUGAACGAGCUCCAUGUGACAGUGGCAUGCUGUAACAACCUGAAACCACGGCAAGAUCACCUGCAGCCAAGCCCAUACAUCGUGUACAAGAAUUUGACUUCAGAGACCAUGACACUCCCAUUGUUACAAGCAGCAACAGCCCGCAGUUCAGUCCAGAAUGUCAGUCCAUCUCCUGCUGAGGAGAAAGAAGUCUUACAAGAGAAGCCUUCAAGUUCAGCUAGCCCCAGUCUGAUCCCAGAGAAUUUACAAAGAGGCAGGUUAGACUGUCAGGAGCUGGAGGAGAUUGCCCGGGAGAUCCAGGAGGAAGAGGAGGACUCGCACCUCUCCGAAGGGCAGCUAGCUGAACAGAGCCCGCUCUCAGAAGAGGAGGUGGAGGAGGAAUCGGACAUUUCAGAAGAGGUGUUGGAGCGGGACGAAGAAGAAGGAGAGGAUGCGUUGGCCACUGAUGCCAAUGAAUCAAUACUCUCUGACAGUGAUGACUGCAUUGUGCCAAGCCCCGCUGCCCAGAGCAGAAAGCAGACCAUAUACUACAACUACAGCAACGUGAUCCACGUGAAUAUAAAAAAUAACCAGGCAAGACGAGAGCUCCUGAGGUCUGUGCUCCAGGGACAAAACCCGACACAUGAGAGCAUCAAGUUUACUGUGGUUAGCGACCCUCCUGAAGACGAGCAGGACAUGGAGUGUGAAGAUGUUGGCUUUGCUUUUGUCAACAUCCGAGACAUUUUUCAGGAUAAGCAGGGUGUCAUAGAGAGAAGCAUCAACAUUGUCGAUGCUCAGGAUGACAAUGCAAUAAUUGGAAAACUGAAGGUUACCGUUGUGGCUCUCCAAGCACUUCGUUGUGUCAUUGAAGACUAG